AAUACUAUACAUUUAUAUUAUCUGCAUCCCUGUAUGUAUUAGUUUUCAUCUAACAGUUGCGCAAUAUUAGAGUAGUCACAUUGCCUUCACACAGUUCAUUCUGUCUACGUCACAUAUUUCACAUUUAAGUUUUAUAUUUGUCAUGUCACGGUAUACAUUAUAUAUGAAAUGGAAAUCACGUAUCAAAGUUUGAUAUCUUUAUUAAUGAUGGUACGCGUCAUUUUCACAUCAGUAUCAAGUCUAACGUAUGCUUGAUCAGUACAUAAGUGUUACAUCUAACGUGGCUUAAUUUUUCUGUUACAUUCUUUCUAAUUACGCGAAGUAUAAUGUUACACAUAAAUGUUGCGAAUGUUCUUAAUAUGUUAAUUAUUUUAUUUCAAAUUACACAUAUUCCACCAACGCCUGUAAAUGAAAGAGAAAUACAAUUACGUGAUGUGAUAAAAGAUAUUAUAACAAAUGCAGUGAAUGACUUAUCAUUUGAUGUACACACUGAUACUGCUUUAGAAUUUCAAAAUUAUUGGGAAGUGGAUUUACCUGACAUAGAAUAUGUAUUAGACGAAGAGGUAGAAUUUUUAGAAAAUGAUAAUGACGAUUUUGAAUCUGAUAAUGAAAAUAAUUGUAAACCAGAAGACGAAAUUUUAAAUAGUAGCUAUAAAAGAAAAGCCGUCGAAUAUUGGAAAAGUGGAAAAAAAGGCCGAUACUCUCUUUCAGGAGUGCAACGUCGCUUCAGAAAGGUGAAGUCCCUAACACAAUUAUAUCGAUGGGAAAAUAAUCUACAAAAAGGAGGUAAUCGUAGAGAAAAAUUGUUAUAUAUAUCCCAAUAUGUUUUAAAUCAUUUUAAAGACGCUAAUGAUGAACAACGGAUUAUUCAUGACUUGGAUCUGCGACGAUGGGCGUUAGAAGCGAAAGAACAAAUAGAUCUUCCUUCAUUUAAAGCAGGAGCAACGUGGAUAUUAAAUUUAAAAAAAAAAUAUGGAAUUGUAUCCAGAAAAAUAACAAAAUUUAUAAACCGUUCUACAAUAAGAGAUAAAGAACAAUUAAAAGCUGCAUGCCAAGAAUUUAUAAUUACUGUAAAAUCCUUUAUUGGCCUUUUUGGAAUAGAAAAUAUAUACAAUGCUGACGAAAGUGGAUUUAAUUUGGAGAUUCAUUCAGGCAGAACGCUGACCACACAGGGUGUUAAAACAGUUGAAACUCUAAUUCAAUCAACGUCAGCAAUAACACAUAGUUAUACAAUAAUGCCCAUAGUUUCUGCAGACGGAAAAUUACAAUCACCUCUCUAUUUGGUUUUGAAAGAAGUUAGUGGAAAUUUUGGUCCACGAGUUGAAGAAACCUUGUUCAGGCCUGCAAACAUUUACAUCGCUGCAUCGAAAUCGGGUAAAUUAACUGGAGAACACUUUCAAUCUUGGUUUACAAAUGUAUUUUUACCCAUAAGUGGAAGCUUCAGUGUGCUAUUAUUAGAUUCUUGGACCGGACAUUGUCCUACAACCCUUCAAGAAUUUAUGCCAUCUGAUAAAGAUGUGCGAAUUUUAACUAUACCAAAAAAGACCACAGGAAUGAUUCAACCUCUUGAUGUUUUCGGGUUCAGAAUAUGGAAAAAUUUUGUAAGAACGUUCAGUGAUCGUGUCGUAUUAUUUAAUUACGAUAUUAAUUUACACUUGAGAAAUAAUAUUAUAAAAUUGCAAUCUUUAACUCAUAUACAACUAUCUUCGCCGCGAUUUCAUAAUCUUUUUAAGUAUGCCUGGUUCAAGAGUGGAUAUAUCGAGGAACGGCCAUCACAAUUUCAAAAUCCAGUGGAUUUCUGUUUUUCUGGAAAAGACAUACAGGAUGUACCACGAUGUUCCAUAUGUAACGCCCCGGCAGUAAUACGUUGUUCUUGGUGCAAGCAAUACCUUUGUAUGCAUCAUUUUUUUGAGCAAUAUCAUGAUUGCAAACAUUAUGAGGAAUAAAAAUAAUGUAAGUACCAAUAAAAAUAUUUGGAAAAAGAUACGAAGAUAGAUAAUUGUAAUAAAUUAUUUAGACAAUUAAAUAUUUAUAACAACUACAUUUAUGUUACAGAAAAAGCCUUCAAAUAUAUGUAUGGCAUAAUACUUUUUAUCAGCAUGGUGAAAAUGUCAUCCAUAAAAUGCAUGCGUAUAUUUUAUGUAUAUGGAAAAAAUAAUUUGAUCUUAUGUAAUGGAAUACAAAUACAACAUAUUUAACCAAAUUCGUUGUGUCAGUUAUAUUGUGUAAAAAAACAGUACAGUUAAAAACUUUCAAGAAAUAAUCUCUCCGAAUAUACUAAAUGCGCACGUGAUUUUUUACGUAUGGACAACGCUUCGAGUCGUGUAACAACAUGGAAAUACCGUGUGUAAAUUGUGGUGUACCUCAUAAAAUAAAGGCGCCUUAAAAAAUAUUUUAUUAAUUACUACUAAUAACUAAUAAUUAAACUUUAUAAUAAUAAAUAAAUAUUACAAACUGUUGGUAUUAUUACUUUCUGUUUAACCAUUGAGACAACUGUAGAAGAACGGGCGACGGUAAAUAUAACAAUAUUAUGUGUAAUUAAAUAAUAAUUAAUUUAUUAACAGAAAUUAUUUUACAGUCUUAUGCAAAAGUUUAUUAGUUUAUUCAGAAUAAAAAUAUGUUAUACCUUAUAAUGUUUUAAGAUAUCCUAUAGAUUAUACACAUAAAAACCACAAGUAGUGUGUAACAAGUUCAAUUAAAAAAAUUAUUUUUUC